GGGUGGGUGUAGCAUCUGGGAUUAGCUGUAGCCGCAGGUAGUAGUCAAACAUCGGGGAGUUGUCGGCUCAAGUUUGUGACUUUUUUCUAAUCAAAAGUCAGAGUGUGGUGAGCUGUGUCGGGUCGUGGGUUUAUCGGGUGCGUGGUUUGGUGUACGUGGACUCACCUGGAGACAAAGUGUGGGCGGUGAAAGAGGCAAAACGCUGUUGUUUUCGGUGUUUUUGAACGCCUCUGUGUCUCUGUCUCACGGAGACUUCCGCGGUUUGCUCGUUGGACAGGUUGUCUGCGGUUAAAGACGAACACAACUGUUUCCUCUUAUGCGGUCCCAGGUGUUUUGAGCCAUGCCUGGCCACAGCUCAGGGGCUCCCCCGGCGUCCCGUCACCACAAAACCCACAGCACCGGCACCAGGGCAGAACAGUACAGACAUAAUCGGACUCUAUCCAGGGAAAGUCAGGACUCCUACAAGGAUCCUCAUGGGGAGCAUCAACAUGAACACCACACUGACCACUCCCGUUAUUCAGAGAACAAGUACAGUCGCAGCAGAGGCCACCCAGGAAACGGCACAGCGCGGGGCUCAGAGACUAUAGGAUUUAUUCCUGGGUCAGCAGACAACACGCCCAGCACCAGACAUGCCUGUGGCUCCUGUGCCUCCGUGGGCUGGAGCAGCUGCAAGGCUCUUAUCUGCUGUGUACUAACCUGUGGAUUUUAUAACAGCCAGGAGCCCUGCCUGUCUGCUAACGAGAGCUCCACAGACCAUCCCCCUAAAUCAAGUAGAGAACCUCACCCUUCUAACGGCAUAGCCGUGUCCAACCCCACCUGUGGCAUUUCUCUGGAGCCCACCAAGGCCACCAAAGUCUCCAAGUUGCCCACAAGUGACAGCUUCCGCUACCAAGAUGUGCAAAUCGCAGGUAAGAACGUACAGUAUCCGGUCACUGCCACCAAACGGACCCGCACAACUGGCAAAGGAGAAAGCCACCGGCCGGUCAGCAACACCAGCCUGUUGUCCCGUGAGGACUAUGACUUAGACGACCUCAGUGACACAGGGACAGACAUCGACUCUCUCAUCACCAAGAAGUUGCUGGAGCUUUACGCUCUGCACCAGAUUGACCAGCUGGCCAAAUGCACCUCUGACUCGUCUUUCUCCCGCAAGACCAACGAGAUCAGUGAGCUCAUCUACAGCAUUGCCCAGGAUUACAACCUGGAGGAGCAGGAGGCCGAGUGCAAGCUGGUGCACGGAGUCAUCCGCAUCAGCACGAGGAAGGGCAAGAGAAACAAGAGCCAUCAGUCCACAGGGCAGCGUCCUAAUGGUCGGAGUGAUGGGACGCUCCCUGACAGCGGCAACGAGACCAUGACCAACACCUUCCUCAGCAGUGACUUUCCAGAGGUUAAAGUGUCAGAGCAGACGCCGUCAGAUGAGCUAGCCAGGAAAAUGAGACAUUACAGUGGGAAAACAUACUCCUCUAAUACCACCACGGCAUACUCGGCCUACCAUCAUGACACUGAAACAGACUCUUCAGGAGCUCCUCUGCUUCUCUGAAGGCCAACACAGGAACAAAAGCACCUACACUGACAAGAGAUAUAGCCAAACUCAAUGGACAGUUUUAUUCUUCUGCUUUCAUUUAUGCUGUUCCUGAGCAUGAGUGAGUUGUAUGCCUCCUUUUUCUGUGUGUGUGUGUGUGUGUGUGUGUGUGUGUGUUUCACCGUUUUCCGUUGCCAUGUCAUUUGAAUUCAAGGGCUUUUUGUUUAUUUUUUAUUUUUUUUUAUUUUUCAGCAAAAUGCCCAACUGAGGAAACACAGAGAAAGACAAAGUGUUUAUGUAUUAGUGUUUUUCAAGCUGUUUUCGGAAAAAGUAACAUGGCAACACUCCAUGGAGCCUUAGCAGUCAACAUAGCUGUCCUCAUUCUUGCCUGUGAUUGUGUAUUCAAGCCAUCGUGCAUGUGCUGUACAUAUGGGUUCAUUGACUCCUGCCAUUCAGACUUUUUAAAGGCAUGUUUUUGAAAACUGUAUUGAUAAGCCAUAUUUUUUGGAUAUGUAUAUAUAAGUCAUUGUUACUUUGUGAGUUGUGAAACCACUUAGCAUUUGGCCACAUUUUUUUUACCCUCAAAUAAGUCAUGUUUUUAACAAAAUAAAAAUCUCAGUGCUUGUUUAUGCAUUGCCAUGUGUAUUUGAUAAAUAUACCUAUCAACCCCAAUUUUGAACCAGGUAAUUUGUUUUAAUGUUGUGGCAGAUAUAAGGUUUGGCUUAGUAAUGAAACCAUGGAAAAUAGUGUAACACAAAAUAAAAGGGAUGAGAGCUACAAGAGUAAA